AUGAAGAAAGAUUAUAGACUGAAGAAGCAAAGGGUUCAUGCUUCUUUAUGGGUUAAAGAGAUUGAGAAAUUGGAAGAAGCUAAGUUGGGAGAUUCAGGAUCUGGUGGUGGAGCUGAUGAUAUCGACAGGCUUCUCGAUAGUUGCUCAGAGAUUUUCGACUCAGUAGACCAUGAUUUCGACAAAUUGGAAGUUUCGAGUGGAUCGGAUUUGAAAAACAAGCCUGAUGGUUGGGAAUCAACAACAAAAGAAGAAGAUGGUAGGUAA